AUGUCCCGUUCGGGCGCUCUGCGUGCCCUGCUGCGGCGAUCGCUUGGAGUUGUGGCGCCGGUCGGGGCCGCCGGGGGCGCAUGGCUUUGGGCCAGGCCAGAGUGCGGCUGCAAGGCUGCGCCGCGCAAACGGGUGGCCAUCUACGGAGGGACCUUCGAUCCGCCCACGAACUCGCACAUGACGUGUGCCGGCGAGAAACCCGGGCAGCAAUGUGGAGCCCAUACAUGUGGAAGAAACAGGGCUGGAGCUGCAGUACCCGGCAGUAUGCCCCGCUUAAUUUUGAUCAUCCACAGCGGCAGCGCCGAUGAAGUGUGGCUCAUCCCCUGUGGCCCUCGGCCGGACAAACCCCACUUGCAGACCACGCCUCUGGACCGCUACUGCAUGUGUCAGAUCGCGGUGAACAGCUCCUUCUCUCCGAGCUUCCCGGUGCAGGUGAGCGACUUGGAGACCUUCCGAGAGACCGCGUUCUACACCUAUGACUUGCUGCAGUCCUUGCGUGAACAAUACCCCGAGAUCGACUUCGCCUUCGUGAUUGGCAGCGAUUGGCUGCAGGCGAAGAGCAACAUCACCCAGUGGAGGUCGAAGAACCCCCACUGGAAGCCUGGCAUGCCGGAAGAACAGAAGCUCAUCGUCACCGGCGAUCAGCUGCUAAAGGACUUCGACUUCCUGGUUAUUCCCAGGCCCGGCUUCAAUGUGGAGUCCACACCCGAAGACCCCAGCGGCCUCCAACGCUAUGGCCCGCGGCUGCGGUGGAUGCAGAUGCCUGAGGACUUCGCGCUGAUCCGUGGGAACUUGUCGGCCACCGAGAUCCGGCAGCGCGCCGCGGCGGAGCAGAGCCGGGGGGGAAAGCUCACGGCCAUCCAAGGUCUCAUUCCACCGGGCGUGGUGUCCUUCAUCCGACGCAAGGAGCUCUACUACCGGAAGUGA